AUGUCACGAACAUUACUACUUUUCGUAUUCGUAGCCAUCUGCACUAUUGAUGCACGGAUGAGGCGGCAAACAUCAGAUGAAGAUGACGAGGAAGAGCAGAGGGAUAUGGCGGUGACUGGUUGGGAUCCAACAAUUCGAGAUCGUUUUGAAAGCUGUAAUUCUAUUGCUACAUUUGCACCAACACCUGAGCAGUAUUGUAAGGCUUUCAUAAUGUGCUGUUCGAUGCAGUUCGAUCCCAACAAUGGUGAUAAGUGUCAGACUAACGAGCAACGGUGUAUUCCACUUGAGGAUGGAAGUUAUGACGCUGUAUGUAUACAACGUAACUGUACUGAGCUUGUCACCACCACUACCACUACGACAACGCCCGAACCCAUCGUGAUCGAAGAAGAAGUUAAUAGCUCCGGUUCGAUCUUCAUCGCUGUCACGUCCUUGGUGUCGUUGUGGUUGCUGCACUAA